GUUGAUGGCAGAGAAGCUGCAGCUGCAGGAGCAGCUACAGGCCGAGACGGAGCUGUGUGCCGAGGCUGAGGAGUUGAGGGCCCGCCUGACUGCCAAGAAGCAGGAGCUCGAGGAGAUCUGCCAUGACUUGGAGGCCAGGGUGGAGGAAGAGGAGGAGCGCUGUCAGCACCUGCAAACAGAAAAGAAGAAAAUGCAGCAGAACAUCCAGGAGCUGGAGGAACAGCUGGAGGAGGAGGAGAGUGCCAGGCAAAAGCUACAACUAGAGAAGGUAACCACAGAAGCCAAGCUGAAGAAGCUUGAGGAGGAUCAGAUUAUCCUGGAGGACCAGAACUGCAAACUCGCCAAGGAGAAGAAGCUGUUGGAGGACAGAAUAUCGGAGUUCACCACCAAUCUCACGGAAGAGGAGGAGAAGUCCAAGAGCCUGGCCAAACUGAAGAACAAGCAUGAGGCCAUGAUUACGGAUCUGGAAGAACGCCUGCGCAGGGAGGAGAAGCAGCGGCAGGAGUUGGAGAAGACCCGGCGGAAGCUGGAGGGAGACUCCACGGACUUGAAUGACCAGAUUGCUGAGCUGCAGGCCCAGAUAGCUGAGCUCAAGAUGCAGCUGGCCAAGAAAGAAGAGGAGCUCCAGGCCGCCCUGGCCAGAGUGGAGGAGGAAGCGGCCCAAAAGAACAUGGCCCUGAAGAAGAUCCGGGAGCUGGAAUCCCAGAUCUCUGAGCUUCAGGAGGACCUGGAAUCCGAGCGGGCUUCACGGAACAAGGCUGAGAAACAGAAACGGGAUCUGGGAGAGGAGCUGGAGGCUCUGAAGACUGAGCUGGAGGACACCCUGGAUUCCACUGCUGCCCAGCAGGAGCUCAGGUCAAAGCGGGAACAGGAAGUAAACAUUCUGAAGAAGACUCUUGAUGAUGAAGCCAAGACCCACGAAGCUCAGAUUCAGGAGAUGAGGCAGAAACACUCCCAGGCCGUGGAGGAGCUGGCUGAGCAGCUGGAGCAAACCAAGCGGGUGAAAGCCAACCUGGAGAAAGCCAAGCAGGCGCUGGAAAGCGAGCGAGCAGAGCUCUCCAACGAGGUGAAGGCCCUUCUGCAAGGCAAAGGGGACUCUGAGCACAAGCGCAAGAAGGUGGAAACCCAGCUGCAGGAGCUGCAGGUGAAGCUCACCGAAGGCGAGAGGGUGCGGACCGAGCUGGCUGACAAGGUCACCAAGCUACAGGUUGAGCUGGACAAUAUCACAGGCCUCCUAAAUCAGUCAGACAGCAAAUCCAGCAAGCUGGCCAAGGACUUCUCCGCUCUGGAGUCUCAGCUUCAGGACACACAGGAAUUGCUGCAGGAGGAGACUCGGCAGAAGCUAAGCCUGAGCACCAAACUGAAGCAGACCGAGGAUGAAAAGGGUACCUUGAGGGAACAGCUGGAGGAGGAAGAGGAAGCCAAGCGGAACCUGGAGAAGCAGAUUGCUACCCUCCACGCCCAGGUGGUUGACAUGAAGAAGAAGAUGGACGAUGGUGUGGGCUGCCUGGAGUCCAUGGAGGAAGCCAAGAGGAGGUUACAGAAGGACCUGGAGGGGGUGAGCCAGAGGUAUGAGGAGAAGGCUGCUGCUUAUGACAAGCUGGAGAAGACCAAGACGCGGCUGCAGCAGGAGCUGGAUGACCUUCUCGUGGACCUGGACCACCAGAGGCAGAUUGUGUCCAACCUGGAGAAGAAGCAAAAGAAAUUUGACCAGCUUCUGGCAGAGGAGAAGACCAUCUCUGCCAAGUAUGCCGAGGAGCGGGACCGAGCCGAGGCCGAGGCGCGGGAGAAGGAGACCAAAGCCUUGUCUCUGGCCCGGGCCUUGGAGGAGGCCAUAGAGCAGAAGGCCGAGCUGGAGCGGCUCAACAAACAGUUCCGUACUGAGAUGGAGGACCUGAUGAGCUCCAAGGAUGACGUUGGCAAGAGUGUCCAUGAGCUGGAGAAGUCCAAGCGGGCCCUGGAGCAGCAGGUGGAAGAGAUGAAGACCCAGCUGGAGGAACUGGAAGACGAGCUGCAGGCCACCGAGGACGCCAAGCUACGGCUUGAAGUGAACCUGCAGGCCCUCAAGGCCCAGUUUGAACGGGACCUCCAGGGCCGUGAUGAGCAGAGUGAGGAGAAAAAGAAGCAGCUGAUCCGGCAGGUUCGGGAGAUGGAGGCUGAGUUGGAAGACGAGCGGAAACAGCGGUCUGUGGCCGUGGCCGCCAGGAAGAAGCUGGAGAUGGACCUGAAGGAUUUGGAGGCUCACAUCGACUCGGCCAACAAGAGCCGGGACGAGGCCAUCAAGCAGCUACGCAAGCUACAGGCCCAGAUGAAGGACUACAUGCGGGAGCUGGAUGACACUCGGGCCUCCCGAGAGGAGAUCCUGGCCCAGUCCAAGGAGAACGAGAAGAGGCUCAAGUCCAUGGAGGCAGAGAUGAUCCAGCUGCAGGAGGAACUGGCAGCUGCAGAGCGUGCCAAGCGGCAGGCCCAGCAGGAGAGGGACGAGCUGGCUGACGAGAUCGCCAACAGCAGCGGCAAAGGAGCCCUGGCCUUGGAGGAGAAGCGCCGCCUGGAGGCCCGCAUUGCCCAGCUGGAGGAGGAACUGGAGGAGGAACAGGGCAACACCGAGCUGAUCAAUGACCGGCUCAAGAAAGCCAACCUCCAGAUCGACCAGAUCAAUACGGACCUGAACAUGGAGCGGAGCCACGGCCAGAAGAACGAGAACGCGCGCCAGCAGCUGGAGCGCCAGAACAAGGAGCUCAAGGUGAAGCUGCAGGAGAUGGAGGGCACCGUCAAGUCCAAGUACAAGGCGUCCAUCACCGCCCUGGAGGCCAAGAUCGCCCAGCUGGAGGAGCAGCUGGACAACGAGACCAAGGAGCGCCAGGCGGCCUGCAAGCAGGUGCGGCGCGCCGAGAAGAAGCUCAAGGACGUGAUCCUGCAAGUGGACGACGAGCGGCGCAACGCGGAGCAGUACAAGGACCAGGUGGGUGCCCCGGCCCCCCCGAGCUCCUCGGCACCCCUGAGCUUCCCAGGCCCCCCCCAUCCCUGA